AUGGCAGACGACAAUCGAGAAUUGCAAGAGGAGGAGAUCUUGGCUCUUCAAGCUAUUUACGGCGAGCAUUGUAUUCAAUCCGAUCCGAAUGCCCCGCAUGGCUACAAUGUGACCAUCAACUUGGACGAUGAGGAAGAGGCGACGGCUACGUUAUCCCCUCGUAUCCUGGUAGUGCGCUUCUUUUUACCAGAAACAUACCCAAGCCAAGACCCGCCUGUCUAUGAAGUGACGUCGGUGUAUUGUGGUACACACCGUGUGGAUGCAUCCAUGAUUGAAACGAUCGACCGCGAGUUUGCACAACUCUUUUCACCAAGACAAGUGGUUUUAUUUGAAUGGAUCAGCUGGUUACGUGAUUAUCUCGAAGCCCAUGUUGAAAAGAGUAUCGCUCCACCUCAACCACCACCACCACCAUCAUCAUCAACACCAUCUUCAUCCGCCAAUGGAAAGAACGACGACGAGGAAUUACCACCAGGGACAAGACACAACAACCAUGAAGAAGAUGAAUUGAUCAAUAGAAUGAAAUCACACAACCUUCAAGACGUCCCUGUACCCCCCAUUUAUUCCAGCAUGGAACCUCUUGUGGAUCGUCGCUCGGUCUUUGUGGCCCAUGUCGCAGAAGUCCAUAGUCAAGCAGAAGUCCAUGCUGUUAUAAGCAAGCUUUUAGAAAACAAAAAGAUCGCCAAAGCUACACACAACAUCAGCGCAUACCGUAUCGUUCAACCGGAUGGGCACAUGUUACAGGACAAUGAUGACGAUGGUGAGACGGCUGCUGGCGGUCGACUAUUGCAUUUGUUGCAAAUUCUUGACGUUAAAAACGUCCUCGUGGUGGUCAGUCGAUGGUUUGGUGGCAUUUUAUUGGGAGCCGAUCGAUUCAAAGAUAUCAACAAUUGUGCAAGGAACGCAUUAGAUGAUUGUGGCUAUAUUCCUCACGAUAACACCAAUGAUCAUCAUCACAAAUCAAGUAGUAAUAGUAGUAAAGCAAAGAAAAAGAAAUAA